UAGCAGACGCCUCUCAAAACAAAAACGGUACUUGGCUAGUUCCGAAUUUUUAGGUGGUGUGUGUUAUAGCUGUUAUAGCUUAGUUAAUUAGAUUUUUAACUCGUUGUGAGAUAGGAAUAUUUGCAUGGAGUAACUGCGAUAAAGCCAUGCAUUUUUCUAUUCCAGAAACAGAAAAUCUUCAGGACAAAGACGGAAGUUAUUAUCAGGGAUAUCAUGUUCACAUCAAUGGAAACCAUCAUUGUACUCUUCGGUACAAACAACUUAGACACCUUCAUGACCAGUUGAAGAAGCUAUUCAGUCAUGAUACCAUACCAGAAUUUCCUUCUAAAAAACUACUUCCAUUGACAACCCUCCAGCUUGAGGAGCGUAGACUAUACCUGGAAAAAUACUUGCAAUCAAUUGCACUGGAUCAUAGAAUCAGCAGUAGCACCUUUUUUCAUGCUUUCCUCCGCAUGGCUCAAAAUGAAACUCACUUAUCUAGUGAUGACCAAAAAAUUAUUCACAUAAGGAUUACUUUACCUGGAGAAGAAGUAAUUUCCAUUCCAGUCACACCAAUUCAAGAGACUAGUUCUGUUAUAAAGAAAGUUGCUCAGCAUGUUGGACUUCCAGAAGAGUUGGCUGAUUAUUUUGCUCUUUUCAUUCAAGAUGCUAAUGAAUUUAACCAAUAUUGCUUGGUCAGAAGACUCUUAAAUUAUGAAUCGCCGUUCUUAGCUGUGAAACUUUCCGGUGAAAGCGCAAGCCUUGUUAUGAGGAAAAGCUAUUGGGAUUCUAUUUAUGACGAUGAAUUGUUAAAAUUUCCCAUUGGAACCAAGCUGGUUUAUAAUCAAUUCCGAGAUGAUCAUAAAAGAUAUUGGAUACAACCUAAUGAACAACAGCUCAUAUCUCUGAAACGAUUAAUAGAUCAAGACAAGCAGCAUGAAGUAAUGAAGCUGGCACGACAGAUUCGAUUUUACGGAGGCGUUAACUUCUUACCCUGUUUAACUGACUUUCCAACAGCCGGUACUCCUGUAUCUAUCCACGCUUUGAACAAGGAAUUAGUUUUUUGCUAUCCUGAUCUUACAGAAAGAUCGUUUCGAGUAACACGCAUGCGCUCUUGGAGAAUUACCACAAUUGUCCAGGAACACAAUGUGGAUCAUCCUAAAUUGGAGUUGUCCUUUGAAUAUCUUUUGUCUAAAGAUCGGCUACAAUGGAUCACAGUAGAUAGCACCCAAGUCAUUUUUCUUUCUUUAUGCUUACAAAGUAUGGUUGAAGAGUUGAUGCGAAAGCAGCAAGAUGGGGGUGGCGGCAGCAGCUUCCCUCAGUUGGCAGAUGAAGUGAUUCAGAAACUUACAUUCUUGGGAAAGCACGGCAAUUUGCUUUGCAUUUCUGAGUCAACGGGGAAGACUAGAAUUUCUAAGGACCCUGUUAAAAAAUCAUUGGGACUCAAAGAAAGUAUUCGUGUCCGAUUUCGUAAUGGAAGAAAUCAUUCUUUCGAAGAAGCCCGAAUCGAGAAUCAUGCAUUUGAAGAUAUUCGCGAUGAAGAUUUGUGACAGGAAGGAAUUAAAAUCAUACAUCUAUUUCUGUUUUACACUAAACUUUAUUGUGGCAAACCUUCGAGGUGUUCAUGCCAUUCUUGUGGAGCAAAACUUUUUAUUCUAUGGUGAAUCGUCUUUUUAUUGUUGAUAUAUCGACUAAGCAAGCUAUCCUCAUAUAUUACCGACAUUUUUUAACAUUAAAUGUUUUGUUAAGGAUUAAAAUCAUUGUACGGGCUCUACUGUUUCGUAUGACAGAGAUGAACAAAAAGUGAUCUAUAACCAUUUUCAAACUAUUGGCUCAGUAUCAAACCUGUUAAUUGCGACAAAAAGAGGUUUAUAAUCUGUCUCUUAUUGUAAUCCCAGAGCUUUUUUUUUCAAAUACACAGAUAAUGUUGUGUA